GCUAUUUGGGCCUGGGGCUUGGCCUUCACUUGCUGAUCUGGUUUUGCGAAGUGCUCCGCACACUGAUCUGUCCCAGCCACUGGCCGGACGUGCCGCUGAAGAACAAGAGGAAGAGCGAGGGAGGAGAGAAGGCAUUUGUGGGCGAAGGCUACGAGUGCUACGACUACGACACCCCUGGCUGGCCUUUGGUAGCCAUUGUAAAGUUGGCUUUUGCCUUGCUGACAGGCUUGCUUCCGUUUCGCCUCAUAGCCUUCAUCAUCGCCUUCGCCCUCAAUGCCCUUGUGCUCCGAAUAGGCCUUUGCCUGUCUCCAAAGUCUAUGGGCCACCGGGUUGUGGAUCUCAUCUUCCACGCGCUCAUGAAGCUUUUGUGCACCUUCUGCGCCUGCUACGUCACAGAGGUCUUCAACAAGGAGCGCCUCGCGUGGAUCCAGAAGCCAGGUUCUCAUCCCAUCCUGGUGCCGAACCACAUCUCCCUGGUGGAGGCUUUCCACCUCCACCACAUCACCUGGGGCAUGAGCGGCUGCGUGGCCAAGUCGCAGCUGGGCAUCCCUGGCAUCGGCUGGGCCGCCAAAUUUAUGGGCGCUGUGGUCAUCGACCCUAAGGACAAGGAGAUGAAGGAGAAGGUCAAGAGUGGCAUCGCCCAAUUCGCCAAGAACGAGCCAGAUGCGCAAGGGAACUACCCCUUCAAGCGUGCCUUCUGCAUCUACCCCGAGGGCAUCACCAACUCCCAGCUGGGCCUCUACCGCUUUAACACGGGAGCCUUCUCCCCCGGUGUGCCGGUGCUGCCCAUCCUCCAGCGCUUCCCCUACACGAACAUGAAUCCUGCCUGGGUCUCACAGUCCACGAGGUCUCCUGGAAACGACCUUCCGUGGAUUCUCAUUCGGUACAUGUCGCAGAUCACCAUGCCUUUGCACGUAAAGGUCAUGGAAAUCUGGGAGCCGACUGCUGCGGAAAUCGCAGAUCCUGUGCUGUUCGCCAGCAAUGUGCAGAACUACAUGGCUAUGCAGUUGGGCUGUGUUGUGACGGACACCAGCAACAAGAUUCUACGGGAGAAGGGCGGACCAUUCGAUCUCAAAGCUGGGAAGGUGAGCCCAAGCGAACGCGGGGACGAGUCGGUCACUGAAAGGCCCAAAUAUGCAUGA